UCUUAAAACUAUUCUGAUCUGAAAGAAGCGAGAAGAAGCUAUGACUUUCUGCAAAGAGGAAGAAGAAGUGGCGGAUAAGGUAUCUGUUGCAGUAUCAUCAGGAUCAAUGAACAAAGAAGAAGAAGUUGCAUCAGAGGGAAUAGGACAGUGGUUGAGUUUAGGACUCAACGGAUCUGACAAAGCUCAGGAAUUGGAAGACUCUGAAAUAUCAAAAUCAUUCCGGAAUAAUAAUAAGGUAUUCUCAUGCAAUUUCUGCAUGAGGAAGUUCUACAGUUCACAAGCCUUGGGGGGUCACCAGAAUGCACACAAGAGGGAAAGAGGAGAAGCAAGAAGGAACCAAUCUCAUAGAAUGAUGAUGGUGGCGUCAAGGUCACUCGGUGUCCAGCCACACUCACCUGUGCGCAAGCCAAACAGAGAAGGGUCAGGCAUGGUGGCUCGACUCAGUGGUGUUAAUCAUGGGUUUCAAAUGGCAUAUUGGACGCCAUUUCUGGUAGAACAAGCUAUGGAUUUGAGUUGGCCAGGAAGUUUUCAUGUGGAUUUGCCAAAACAAGAAUCCGAUGUAAAUAAGCUUGACUUAGAUCUUCGGCUCUGAUACACUUCGCUGCUUUCUUGAUUAUUAAUCUUCAUAUGUAAUAUGUUACACAUGCUAGUAGAAUAUCAAA